UGAACACAGCAUCAAUAUCUGCAGACUCGCUCAGAUCAGAGUUUCGACCACAGACAGACACAGAGGAGCCUGAGGAACGCAGGACAGCGCGAUGGCGGUCACCAUGUGCCAGGUUAUGGGCUUUGUGCUUGGUUUGCUGGGUCUUGGCGGAAUCAUCGCUGCCACGGCAAUGGACCCUUGGAGCACGGAGGACCUCUACAGCAACCCGGUCACGGCCGUCUACACCUACUCAGGCCUGUGGAGGAGCUGCGUCAGGCAGAGCUCAGGGUUCACCGAGUGCCGUCCGUAUUUCACCAUUCUUGGUCUGCCAGGUCUGUUCCAGGCAGUGCGAGCAUUAAUGAUUGUUGGGAUCGUGCUGGCCGCGAUAGGUGUCCUCAUAGCCAUUUUUGCGCUCAAGUGUAUCCGGAUGGGGAACAUGGAGGAUAAUGUGAAAGCCACAAUGACAUUAUCCUCGGGAGCCAUGUUCAUUCUAGCAGGAAUAUGUGCCAUUGCUGGAGUUUCCGUCUUUGCCAACCUGAUUGUGGUCAACUUCAAUUUCACCACCUACUCUUCGGGGACUGGAUUUGGGGGGACAGCGGGGGUGAAUUUUGGAGGCCCUCUCAGUCCAAGAUUCACAUUUGGAUCAGCCCUCUUUGUGGGCUGGGUGGGAGGUGCCGUGCUGGUGGUUGGUGGAAUCAUGAUGUGCCUGGCCUGCAGGGCGAUGAUGCCAGAGAGACAAGAACCAUACAAGGGUACAUCCUACAGACCAGCGCAAAGCACGGUCUACACAGUCAAGGGUGAAGGAAAACCCAGAACCAACUACGACGAGUCAUUCCGGGCGCACAGCGCGGAUGGGAGACAGACCAAAUUCGACUACGUCUGACUCGACACUGGGAAGAAUUUGUGCUUUACUGCAAGAUGUAAAUGCUGACACCUGUGUAUGUGCAUACAUCAAUCCACAUAUCAAUUAUCAAUUAUCAGGUGACAGUCAAUUGCAUUCUGUUGAUAGUAUAAAUAGAGAAACAGUUAGAUUAGUUCUGUUACUUUUUUUGUUGUCUUUUUUGUGCAGUUUUGUU